GUGUUGUGAUACCCCGUACGUGUACAGGUGGACUGCGUGGGCUUCAUUGUUGGUGGAAAUUCCCUGUUACAUGCGACCCAACGCUUGGUGGACAAGGCGCGCCGCCGCUGCUUGUUAUAAAAUAGAACUGUCACGCGCUUGGCAGGGUCCCUCGUCGCCUUGGGGGAUACUAGCCAGGACGGAGUGCUGCUGCUGCGGAGCAACAACAGCUUAGAGAGCAGCUCAGCCCCACUCUCAACGGACUCAGGGCCUGGUAGCACCAGGAGAGGGGGGGGGAGGCGUUGGUUGGGUUACCGAAGAGGACUGGGCGAAUAGCUACGCAGCUACUGUGCUCAAAUGAGUACCGCCGCAGCAGCCCGCGGCGGCGGGGGUGAUGAGGAGGCCGCUGCUGGAGAGGGUGGUCGAGCCGAGGAUGUGAAAGCGAUUCUCCACCGGAAGGAGGAAGAGGUGAAGGAGAUGCUUGCACCGGAGAAGGAGAUGUCCGAUAUCGAUGCGCUGGUGGGGAAGAUCGUGGAGGAAGUGUCGGCGCUGGAGUCGAGAGGGGGGCAGGAGGGCGCUGAGAACAGCGACUACACGUUCGUUGCCGCGGUGGAGACGGCUCCGCAGUUCAGCUGCCCCGUUUGCAAGAACAAGAAGCAGUCGAACUUCAUGCAGGACGCGAAACAAGGCGACACGAUCUGCCUUGGGACGGAUGGGCAGGGCUGCGGAACCGUCGUGCAGGAUCACAAGGCGAGAAGGAGGGGAGGGGGGGGGGUCCACGAGGGCAGCAUGUACCGCAAGUUCGAGGGCGAGGCGGACCGGAGCCACCACGGUCCCGCGCCGAACCGCCUCUACUCCACCGCGCACAACAUGCGCACCUGGAUCAGCGAAGGGAAGGCAAGAUUGAGUAGAAGUAGAUAUUUCCUGAUGAGGUGCGCCUUCUUUCGUCAAGCCGGCUGGCUACCGUUGUGUCGCCCGGCGGUGUUGGGGGGGGGGGGGGUUGCGCCGUUCUCGUGGCGCGGGCACGACGCAAACAGGCUGCGGAACCUAGCGGAGGAUGUGGAGAUGGGCCUCAGCACCGUGGGCAAGGACGAGCGCAAGACUAGGACGGCGUACAAGGACAAGAUGAAGAGGGAAGCGUUCGACUUGAUCAACCACAUCGCGGGCAACUGCGACCUCCACGAGACGGUGACCGUGAGGGCGAAGGAGCUGUUCGCCGGCUGGCGUAACGUCAAGGAACACGUGCACCAGAAAUUCGCGGUGAUCUGCGCGUGCAUCAUCGCCGCCUACCGGGAGGUGGGGACGGAGGAGCUGACGAGGAUGUUCGACCUCCGACGACAGCAGCAGCUGCAGCAAGGCCUGGAGCAGGACCCGUUGUAUCCGUACGUUUGUUCGGAGUGCAAGGCCGGCUUCAACGCAGCCAAGGCCCUCGACUUUCACCAGAGAGAAGUGCACAAGUCGGCGGCGGCAAAGGGUAGUGAGCUCGGUGGAGCGGGGCCUCCAACGCCCAUGAGCGAGUGGUCGCUGUCUGACGCACGGCAAUGGCUUACGAGCGUGGUUGCCGCGCUCCAACAACCGGCGGAGUAUGUGCAGUCCAUCUGCGGUUCGCUGGAGAAGAGCCUGGCAGCGCAGGAUAAGGGGCAGAGGGUCGGAGCGAAGCGAAAGGCGACGAGGACAGCGGGGCAGCAGCUGAUGCUGAUCAGCCUCUCUCUCUUGACGGAGCUGUGCGGGGGCAACGCGGCGGCGGCGGAGAAACUCCACCAUGAAACCGGUCGCAAACGCAGCGAGCGAUCACGGAAGGACAAGAGCCGGGUGGCGAGCUACAACGCCGCCCAGCGACAAAACCAAAACGUGCGGAAGCCCUGGGUCGCCCACGUUAACGCCGAGCUCAACACGGCCAGCAAGGCAGCGGCGGCAACAAAGGCGGCGGCGGCGGCGGCGGCGGCGGCGGCGGCGGCGGCAACGACGGCGACGUCGACGUCGAUGACGACGCCAGCAGUUGUAUCGGAAGCAGCAGUAGCAUCAACAACCGCAACAGCAGCGAGUCCAGCGGUGCCAGGGGCGGCGGUAGUUGGGGGAUCUACAAUGGCGGUAGCGACGGCAGAUAAUUCCGCUGCUGUGCCACCGACGACGUUGGGGGUUGUCGGGCCGGCUGCUGCGGCGGCAGGGGUUGUAGGAUAAGCGUGGGAGGAUGGGCGAAGGCGGGUUGCGCUGCCUCUUUGGCAAUAGAGGUGUUGGUAGACGGCGUGGCGAGCAGAGUUGAUUGAAAUCAAAGCGUGGUUGCUUCGAGCACCAUUCCGCUGUUUUUUUCGAGCGCCGCUGGGACUGCAACGUUUGCGUUUCACGAGCACGUUUUGGUUCUUCUCUUGUCGGGGGCGAAAGGUAGCUGUAGUCUCGGCGACGGACAGAACGCAAAGGCC